CAAAAUAGGCAGAAUGAACGUUUGACAGCUGGCUCUAUGCGCGUACAGACUGCCGUGAAACAAAACACCACCUAUGCUUCAUUUAUUCGUGAAAGAUUUCGGAUAAUUAGACAGUACCUUUGCGUUUAUGGCCGCUGCCGUGAGGAAUAAUGUUUGGGUCGCUCCGGGGCAGGACGCGCAGUUUCUCCGUAAACCCGCCGCGCCACUGACAGCCGACGGUCUCAGAGGUGAAGAUCAUGGGCAAGUGCUGUGUAACACGAGGGAUGCCGACCCGGGAGCGUCCUCUCUUCAUGAUUACAAUUUGGGUAAAUCAGAGAUGGACAGCUAUCUGUCUCCACAGGACGGCGUAAACUCCAAAAUGUUGUGCAGGGACAGCGCUCUGAUGCUGGAGCCGCCCUUCACCGAGGACUUCGCUUCCCCUUACAGCGUCAACAUGAGCCUGCUCCUUCCUGACGUCACGUACCUGCACCCUGGUCUCUGCAGGACUAUGAGACAGAUCAAAACAGAGCCAUCACACUCCCUGAUGCACGCCACCUGUCAGGGCAACGCAGUGCCACCAGCUCUCCCAGAGUACCCAGGUGCUUUCAGUGCAGCCGACACCACUGGCGGGAACUUUUACAUCAAGCAAGAAGUGCCAGAUUUCCAGGAUGUUCCCCUGUUUCAGCUUUUGAACUCUGACCUGGAGCAGCUCGUUCACGGAUCGCAGCUGAACUCCAUCCCCAUGGCCCCCUUGAGUCUUCCCAUGGGAAACGUCCACGUAGGCCCGGCGCAGAACUGCGCCAAACCCACAAGCACUUCUCAGAAUGAAUGUUUUCGACAUGUAGGCCAUCAGCACAGACCGACCUAUCUGCCGCCGUCUCCGCCAAACUCCGAGCCCUCGAGUCCAGACAGGGGGAAGGAGCUCCUUCACAAUCUGUCCCCACCUCCAUCCUACGAAGCCAGCAUCGCCUCUAAGUUAACUUUUCAGACCCAUAAUCCAAUUGAUCCAGGGCAGCCUUCUGGUGUAGCUCCUAUCGAAAGCCCAGACCAGAAUUCCAAUGUUGGAUUAGUCCAAAGCCCAGGUCCUGUGCCAGUCCAGCAUCCAACCCUGACACCAGUUCAGACGGCACCGGGUGUUGGCCCAAUGUCCCCAGUGUUGGCCCAGUCGGCUCCAUAUAAGAACAACAGAAGGAAUAAUCCUGAUCUGGAGAGACGGCGGAUUCACCACUGUGACGUCCCCGGGUGCAAGAAAGUAUACACCAAGUCCUCUCAUCUAAAAGCCCACCUUCGGACCCACACAGGAGAGAAGCCGUACCAGUGCUCCUGGGAGGGAUGUGAGUGGCGCUUCGCCCGUUCUGACGAGCUGACUCGCCAUUUCAGGAAACACACCGGGGCGAAGCCUUUCCAGUGCGGCGUGUGCAGCCGCUGCUUCUCCCGCUCCGAUCACCUGGCGCUGCACAUGAAGAGACACCAGAGCUAGAAACCCACGCCUUGCAAAUCAUGUCUCAGUCAACGUGGACUUACAUAUCAGCAAAGAAACAAAUUAAAAACUGUGGAUUGCUCCACUCACGCCCCAGUGGGGCUAUCAUUAGCAGUGCUGGCCCACGAGUAAUUUCUUUUAUUGUAAAAAGACAAAAUGCUACUGUUGCCUUAUUUUAUUUCCGCACAUGUGCCCCGAUAUUGGGGGACAUUUGCAAAGGUGUCAGUCAAAAGAAAAUAAUUGCCAAAUGUAAUAAUGAGAUAAUAUUGAAUCUUUUUAAGCCUUUAUUUUCAUUAUUUUAUUGCACUGCAAAGUACGUAAACAACUUAAAUUGGUUUGUACAGAUCACUUCAGCAAUGUCAUGUCAUGUAUUUAAGUAACCUAAAUAACAAACUGCCAUACUGGAAGUGCUGGUGCAGUAUUUGCUAUGAGCUGGAAGGUCAAAGAAUGUGUUGCUUUAGCUUGAAGGUCACAAGACUGAUAGUGUGAGCGCGUGUGUGUGCGCGGAAUAAAGAAAUGGACAGCGGUUAGUUACAGUUGCACGUAAGCAAGUUGUUAGAUUUGCUAAAAGACCCCGCAGGAGGAAGAAAUGUUGGGACGAGCACUGUGUGAGCGCAGUGCUCGCAGCGCGACUCCAACACUGCCAGAUUUAUACAGUACUUUGCUCAAAAUCUGCAUUUACUCACAGCACUGAAAUGAGAGGAAGAUAAUGGCAUGAGAUAUUAAUCGUGGUCAUUCGGACAGCGUUAUGAAUGUUCUGCAUCCACGCCCCUGUGUUGUUUUUAUUUAAUUCUAGAAAAGGUUUAACUUAUUUCAAUGGGCCACACAGCAGCAUCUCAUUUGAAGAGUGACGGUGGACGAGGAGUGAACUUCAGCAGCAGGUCAGAGUCAUUUUCCUUCUCCCGGAAGUGGUUGCGACGGACGAAUCGAGACUGGUUCACCCGACUUUGUUUUGGUAGUGAGUCAUGUGUGCGAGCAUUAGGCGUCUUAUGUCGGGAUUACAGCAUCGUGUUUCUGGUGAGUCGUCUCCAGAGGUGCUUUCAAAGUGGCGUCUGUGAGCUUGAGAUUUUUUUUUUUUCUUUUUUUUUCUUUUUAGAUUUAGGCUAAGCACCUGCCAGUCUGAACAUCUGUGUAAGCUUUUGGUUUCUUUGACUACCAUCAACAUAUUCAAACACCUUUUGAAAGUGCCUUUAACUGCUUUGCUUUCCUUUUUGUUUUGGUUUUUUUUUUUGGAUGAAUGAGAGACAAAGCUGCCCCGUUGGGACGGUGUUCUUUUAUCAGGUACUCUGUUUUGCUGAAAUGAUUGUGCGUGUUGGCUGCCCCCCCUCUGUCUCUUUUUCUGAACAGGUUUCUCUCUAAUUUCAGUCAGCUGGAACAAAAUUGAUUUUUGAAGUCUCUAUAAUUUGUUCAGAUGUAUAUAUUUUGUAUCUGCUGUGUCAGGAUACAAUUUUUUUAAUCACAGAGACUGUUUAUUUUUUAUUUUUGUUAAAGUCUAACAAGGAUUAAACUAUAGAAUGUUAUUACAUCCAGCCAAGAGAGCAGCUCAGCGGAGUAUGUGCCAGUGAAUUACUGCAGUACUUCAAAACAUACACAUAUUUGUAUUGCAACAGACGCCCUGUUGCAGUAUUUUAUGUCUUAGCUUCAUAACAUGAAGACGUAGUGUAAACUGAUCAGACGUGCUAUGAAGCUCUGUGACCCUCGCAGUGCAAAUAAAGGUUUUGUGUUGAA